AUGAACACCUCUGCGACAACCCGCGCUCUUCGCGGAUUCGCGCGCACCCAGCGCACCGUCCCCCGAUCCAUCCCUCGAGCUUCGGCGACAUCAUUACGACCCUCUGCCGCCGCCGCCGCCCAGCCGUUAUGCAUGCGCAGUCACUUCCACACGACUCCAUUCAGAUCAAAAAAUGAGAAGCCCAAGGAUUACCAAGGAGCGACUGACUUCAGCGAGAUGGACGUGCUGGCCAACACACCCAUCCCCUCGACUUCGAUCGACGCCUGCGUAUGGGAUGGUUUCCACCUGAACAGCGGUGUCAAGAUCAUGGACGGCGAUGCGGCGCUGCUCAUCGGCGGCGAGGCAUUCGAGUGGAGGCCCUGGGAGGCGAAGGGGUCCAAGAACCUGAUCAACGCCAAGGGCCAGUUCGAGCUGCCCGCGGAAGCAUUCGGGCUCCUAGAUCUUGUCUGGCCGAGGCCUGAUCUUCUCAUCAUCGGUGUUGGUCCCAAGAUCGUACCCCUUAGCCCGGCGACGAGGAAACACCUCAGCUCGCUAGGCAUCCGCGUCGAGGUGUUGGAUACGAGAAACGCCGCCUCCCAGUUCAACCUUCUUGCUACAGAGCGAGGCGUCGAUGUCGUUGCGGGCGCGAUGAUUCCCAUCGGGUGGAAAGAGGGUAAGGGAGCUGUAUGA